AAUGGUGAUGCCUAUAUAAAGCUAGAAGAUCAGCAAAAAUGCAUCACACACAAUAACAACCAAAGAAGAUGAGCUUUCAAACUUCGUUCUGUUUCAUUUCUCUCUUCCUCUCUGUCUUCCCUUCUUUCACUUCUCCUACGCUUUUGUUUCAGGGAUUCAAUUGGGAGUCUAGUAACCACCCAGGGGGAUGGUACAAUUCCCUCAAAAACUCUGUUUCCGACAUCGCUGCUGCUGGAAUUACUCAUGUUUGGCUUCCUCCACCAUCCCAAUCUGUUUCUCCCCAGGGAUAUAUGCCAGGAAGGCUAUAUGAUUUGAAUGCAUCAAAGUAUGAGUCACAGGGUGAAUUGAAAUCGCUGAUUGAAGCAUUUCAUCAGAAGGGUGUCAAAUGUGUAGCCGAUAUAGUCAUAAACCACAGAACGGCGGAGAGGAAAGACGGCAGAGGAAUAUGGUGCGUUUUCGAAGGCGGAACGCCUGACGGCCGUCUUGAUUGGGGUCCAUCCUUCAUUUGCAGAGACGACGCUCCUUAUGCUGACGGUAACGGAAGCCCCGACACUGGAAUGGACUUCCAGCCUGCCCCCGACAUCGACCACCUCAAUCCGAGGGUACAAAAAGAGUUAUCCGACUGGAUGAAUUGGUUGAAGUCUGAAAUCGGAUUCAACGGAUGGCGGUUUGAUUUUGUGAAAGGUUACGCUCCGACAAUGACCAAAAUCUACAUGGAAAAUACGUCGCCGGACUUUGCCGUUGGUGAGAAAUGGGACGAUCUUUCUCUCGGACAAGGCGGUCAGGAUUCCCACCGCUAUGCGUUGAAAGAUUGGGUCACUGCUGCUGGUGGGGCAGUCACGGCUUUCGAUUUCACGACCAAAGGGGUUCUUCAGGCCGCCGUGCAAGGCGAGUUGUGGCGGCUGAGAGACUCCAACCGGAAGCCACCGGGUCUCAUCGGAAUUUUGCCGCAAUAUGCCGUCACUUUUAUCGAUAAUCACGAUACCGGUUCCACCCAAAAUUAUUGGCCUUUCCCAUCUGAUAAAGUCAUGCAGGGAUAUGCGUAUAUUCUCACCCAUCCUGGCAUUCCCUCCAUUUUCUAUGAUCAUUUCUUCAAUUGGGGAUUGAAGGAAGAGAUUAAGAAAUUGGUGGCAGUCAGGAAUAGGAAUGGGAUUAGCAGUACAAGUACGGUUAAUAUUCUGGCAGCUGAUUCUGAUCUUUAUGUGGCUGCUAUUGAUGAGAAAAUGAUGGUGAAGAUUGGGACAAGAUGGGAUCUUGGAAACCUUAUCCCAUCCAAUUUCCAACUUGCUACCUCUGGAAACAACUACGCUGUGUGGGAGAAGAAUUGACCAAAUAUGGAGAUAAGGGGUUUCAUCCUCUGUAAUUUUGUUCAAAUGAUGUUCCAAAAGCGUUAUUAAACAUGAUGAAAAUGGUAUCAUUUCCAUCACCCAUACUAUCUCGUUUCAACAGAAAGAGAUCACCAUCACCUAAGUAGUUGUCAUAGCCUCAUAGGCAUAUCUCACAGUGAAAGCAAGAAGGCAUGGUUAAAGGAUCUCGAGGUUAGUCCUUAAAAAGGCAUUUUCCUUAAGUUGAAAAAACAUGCUUUUUGUUUUUUUUUUGGUCAUCAUGGGCUUUUUCCUCAGUUUGAGUUCAGUGAAUGUGUAUGUAAGAAGCAAUCAUAUUUGAUCCGUGAAUUGAUUCCCUUUUCUUUUCCUGCCCAUCAAUUUAGAAUUUGUAAAUAAUGCACAGUAGAUGUU